CGCUCGCUACACUGGUAGUAAAGUGGGAGGGACUCCAGGGUCCCGUUAGAAGUGAGAACAUCUGUAGCUGCGAGCCGAGUGUCUCCACAGCCGAGCCAUGUCGAAGACCGCUGACAACCGAAAACACCUCGUUAUUGAGAACUACAUCGGAGGAAAGUUCGUCCCGUGCUCCCAACACAUCGACUCCUACGACCCUUCCACCGGGGAGGUCUACUGCAAAGUGCCCGACAGCGGAAAGGAUGAGGUGGAGGCUGCGGUGCAGGCCGCUAAAGAUGCCUUCCCUGAUUGGUCAGCCCGUAGCCCAGCUGAGAGAGGUCAGGUGAUGAAUAAACUGGCUGACCUGAUGGAAGCUCAGCUGGAAGAGUUCGCCCAAGCAGAGUCACGGGACCAAGGUAAAACCGUAAUGUUUGCCCGUACGGUGGACGUCCCGCGGGCGGUGUAUAACUUCCGGUUCUUUGCCUCUUCUGUUCUCCACCACACCACCGACUGCUCUACGAUGGACCACCUGGGCUGUGUCAACUACACUGUCCGUAGUCCUGUGGGAGUGGCUGGUCUGAUCAGUCCCUGGAACCUGCCUCUAUACCUGCUCACCUGGAAGAUCGCUCCGGCUGUUGCUACGGGCAACACGGUGGUUGCUAAGCCCAGCGAGAUGACCUCGGUAACCGCCUGGAUGAUGUGCAAACUACUGGAGGAGGCCGGUUUUCCUCCGGGUGUGGUCAACAUUGUGUUCGGCACCGGCCCGCGGGCGGGCGAUGCUCUCGUGGGCCACCCUGACGUCCCAUUGGUCAGUUUCACGGGCUCCACGGCGACGGCCCAGCGGAUCACGGAGCGCUCCGCCCCGUUCUGUAAGAAGUUGAGCCUGGAGCUGGGAGGGAAGAACCCCGCCAUCGUCUUCUCAGACGCUGACCUAGACCAAGCUGUCACCACCACCGUACGAUCCUCCUUCUCCAAUCAGGGUGAGAUCUGUCUAUGCACCAGUAGGAUCUACGUAGAGAGGAGUAUUUACCCAGAGUUCCUGAAGAGGUUUGUGGCGGCCGCGCGGGAAUGGAAGACUGGCUCUCCCUCCGACCCUGACAACAAUAACGGAGCUCUGGUCAGCAGAGAACACCUGGAGAAGGUGCGUAGCUUCGUGACCUUGGCUCGGUCGGAGGGUGCCACGGUGCUGUGUGGGGAGGGCGAGGACCGUCUGGUGCUCCCGGAACGUAACACAGGCGGCUACUUCAUGCGUCCCACCGUCAUCGCCGGCGUAGCUGAGUCGUCCCGUGUGAUGCAGGACGAGAUUUUCGGCCCCGUCGUCUGCGUCAACCCCUUCGAUGGUGAAGACGAGGCUGUCGCUAAGGGCAACGGGGUACGCUAUGGCCUGGCGGCGACUGUGUGGACGCGUGAUGUCGGGCGAGUGCACCGGGUGGCGAGGAGGUUAGAGGCGGGGCUUGUCUGGACCAACUGUUGGCUGGUCAGAGACUUGAACCUACCGUUCGGAGGCAUGAAGAACUCAGGGGUGGGGAGGGAGGGAGGGAGGGAUAGCUAUCACUUCUUUACCGAGGUGAAGACCAUCACUGUUAAACACUGA